CAUUAGGAUAAUACCCCACCCAGAACAGGGCAGGUCUGUUUGGUUAGGAGCGUUAUAAAAGAAGAGGGCGAGGUGGCAGCUGGAGUGCAAGCAAGCUUUAGCUUCAUCAGAGACACGCAUACGCAAUAUCUGGAAGCAGGCUAUUGAAACGCAGGGCGAUAUGGCUUUACUAGUGAGGAGCGUUGAAUUUGACUUUGAGGAAAACAACGCGUCUCAUCACACCAGGGGGGUCAGCAGUAGGAGCCCGAUACUGAGGAGAGGCCAGCCCUUCACCAUCACUCUGCACUUGAACAGGACCUUCCAGGAGCGAAGCGACACCUUGGACUUAAUCGCUGAAACAGGACCAUCCCCGUCCGAAGCCUCUGGAACUAGAGCAGUGUUCAGAGUGUCCGGUCCUCCAGUCAAGAGCUCAUGGAGCGCAGCUGUGCAGAACAGUUCCUCCUCCUCAGUGACACUGUCUGUCACCUCCCCUGCCAACGCCAGCAUCGGCAAAUACUCCUUAAAGAUACAGGCCGCCAAAGGAACUCCCCAGACCUCAGCGCUAGGAGAGUUCAUCCUGCUCUUUAAUCCGUGGUGUGCAGCGGAUUCUGUCUUUCUGGCCAAUGAGGAUGAGCGGCAGGAGUACGUCAUGAAUGAGCACGGCUUUGUGUAUCAAGGCACUUCAGAGCAUAUUGAGGCAACGCCGUGGGACUUUGGACAGUUUGAGGCAGAUAUUGUGCACAUAUGUCUGGAGCUGUUAGAGGUCAGCCCCAAACACAGAAAAAACCCGGGCCUGGACUGCUCAAGAAGGAGCGACCCGACCUACGUGGGCAGGGUGGUGAGUGCAAUGGUGAACUGUGUCGAUGACAGAGGGAUUAUUAACGGACGAUGGGACGGGAUGUACUACGAUGGCGUCUCUCCCUCCCGGUGGAACGGCAGCGUGGAUAUCCUUCGGAGGUGGUUCAGCUGUGGCUGCCAGCCGGUCAGCUACGGGCAGUGCUGGGUCUUCGCUGCGGUCAUGUGCACUGUAAUGAGGUGCUUGGGGAUUCCAACACGCCCGGUCACAAACUACGAUUCCGCCCAUGACACGGACGGUAAUCUGACUAUUGAUGAGUUCUACACUCUGAGAUACGGAAUGAAAGUGAAGGAAUCUAAUGACAGCAUGUGGAACUUCCAUGUGUGGGUGGAGUCCUGGAUGACCCGUCCAGAUUUACCAGCCGGAUACGACGGCUGGCAAGUGCUGGACCCCACUCCCCAGGAGAAGAGUGAAGGUGUGCACUGCUGUGGUCCUGCCCCAGUCAAAGCCAUCCUGGAGGGAGACACAGACCUGAAGUACGACGUCGCCUUUGUGUUUGCGGAGGUCAAUGCUGACAAGGUGUGCUGGGUCGUCAAGCCUGAUGGGACGAUGAUCCGGGACAGCUCUGACAUCAAAACUAUUGGGAAGAACAUCAGCACCAAGGCUGUGGGAAGUACUGAACGAGAGGACAUCACCAAUCUGUACAAAUACCCAGAAGGGUCUGUGAAGGAGAGAGCUGUGUUCGAGAAGGCUAUUCAAAGAGGUAGCCGGAUCUUAAAGAAUAUGCUUAAGCAUUCAGACUCGUAUCAAAUCACCAAGGGGGUGCAGCUGAAUUUUGUUCAAGAAACCCACGCUGUGAGCGGUAAAGAAAUCGCUGUGACCCUCGUCAUAUUCAACAACAGUGAAACCCCCAAGAGCCUGACCCUCAACCUCAACGCCCAGGUCAUGCUGUACACCGGGAGACCUGCCUGUCAAAUCUGGAGCAGAAGAGUAACGACAAAGAUCGGUCCCAAUACAGAGACGGAAUUCCCUGUCAGUAUUGCCUACUCUCAGUACGGCAGAGUCCUGCGUAACAAUAACACCGUCAAGCUGACUGCCAUCGCCGUGGAAGACAGCGGCAGCCGUGAGAUGAGUUUCACAGAAAAGAACGUCGUGGUUUCCAGUCCCGAGCUCCUGCUGCAGGUGAGCGGAGAUCCUGUCCAGUACCAGCCCAUGAUGGCUGAGGUAACAUUCUUCAACCCCUUGCUUGAGCCCUUGACUGACUGCACCAUGUCUCUGACUGGGAGCGGCCUUCUGUUCAAAACCAUCGACACUUGCGUGGGCACUCUGGGUCCUCAGCUCAGGGUCAGACUGCAGAUCCCCUUCACUCCCACCAAGACCGGCUCCAGGAUGCUAACCGUGGGCUUCAACAGCGACCAGUUCUGCGAUAUCAAAGCCUACACCAGCGUGACCAUUAACCCACCUAAAUAAUGACAGAGCAGCGCUCUACAGGGUGUGCGCUCGCCCCUGCAGCACACCAGCAAGUGUUAGUGCACAUGUGAAGCAGCCGAGACAGGGUCAGGAGGUGGGGAUCACAACAAUCAGCAAGGGCACAUUCCCGGCUCGGCUUGUCCAUACCUUUUUAUAUUUAUUUAAUAACAGCUUACUCUCAGAAAGACAGUGUUAACAGAUACUGACACUGUCGCUUCAGUGUUUCAUACAUGCUGUGUUAGAUCCGAGGUCUGUCUGGAUCAUCUUUUACUUUUGUGUACAGAAAUGUAUUCUACACUGAUCAGUAUUGUUUUAUUUCAAGAUACAGAGAAACCAAAGGGAUCUUUUCUUUAUUAUGCAUGUUUUUUUCCUAAUUCUUGUAAUACAUUGCAGAAUUGUUGCAUAUAGCAAUUAACAUUCAAAUAUGUUGGAUGGUUGGAUUCGAACCAGAGACUAUAUGUAUUUUAGCACAGGUAUCCUGUAUGCUGGGCCAACAUAGAGUAGUGUUUAGAGUAAUAUACACAAUGAACCACUAGAGGGCGUACUGUUCACACACAUUUAGGUCAUAGUUUUAUAAGUCAUACUGUACCAAGUUCGAUAUCUACUUUUUCACACAUGAGAUUUGAGCAGCCGUCAAAUCAGAACACCUUUCACACAUAUAGCCUGUUAGGGAUUACUAAUUAAGAUUGCUAAUAGGCUGCAUACAUCACACAGGGAGAUUUCUUUACCCUUCAUGUUAUAGGGACCAAACCAAAUAUUAUUAUUAUUAUUAUUUAUUUCUUAGCAGACGUCCUUAUCCAGGGCGACUUACAAUUGUUACAAGAUAUCACAUUAUACAUUAUUUCGCAUUAUACAGAUAUCACAUUAUUUAUUUUUUUUACAUACAAUUACCCAUUUAUACAGUUGGGUUUUUACUGGAGCAAUCUAGGCAAAGUACCUUGCUCAAGGGUACAGCAGCAGUGUCCCCCACUGGGGAUUGAACCCACAACCCUCCGGUCAAGAGUCCAGAGCCCUAACCAUUACUCCACACUGCUGUAAAAUGUCCAAAUAAACUUCUUGGGUAAAGAAAGGAAGCAUAGCCACUUCACUGAGGUGGAUAAUAUGUAUGUUGUAUUGUUAUGUCAGUAAUAAAGAUAUGUGCGUCCUGCGCUGAUGGGAAAGUAUUUCAGACUGUCAGUGUGAUCCCUGUUUGUUUCACACUGGAUAUGAAAAUGAAGUUCUGUUAAUUAUCUGUGUUGUGUGUAUUAAAUUCCUGUUGAAUAGCG